UAGCAUCAUACCCCUCUUACGCAUUUUCUGGAAAACGAAUUGCAUAUAAUAACUACUAACAACACUUACCGUUUACAAACUCCCAAACCACAAAACUUUUAUUUUCCAAGGGAAAUUAACGUUAUCUAUUUCAGUUUUACGAUACUUUAUUUAUAAAAGAGCAAGGACUUCAAUUAUGUCGAAUUUGGAAACAUUAGCAAAAACUUCUGCGGAAGACAUGAAUACCGAAACUCGACGUUUAAUUGUCGUCUCCAACCGUUUACCGAUUACCAUUAAGCGUAAAGAAAAUGGAACUUAUGACUUUAGCAUGUCUUCAGGUGGUCUGGUCAGCGCCCUAAGUGGUCUGAAAAAACUAAUGACAUUUCAAUGGUUAGGAUGGUGUGGACAGGAAAUCCCUGAGGACGAAAAGCCCAUGAUCGUCGAUCGUCUGAGAGACGAGUGCAGUGCAAUUCCCGUUUUCUUGGAUGAUGAACUUGCUGACCGUCACUACAAUGGUUUUAGUAACAGCAUUUUGUGGCCUUUGUUUCACUACCACCCUGGUGAAAUUAGUUUUGACGAGGAAAACUGGGAGGCUUAUAAAAAAGCCAAUAUGGCUUUUGCUGAAGCCAUCGUUAAAAACUUGCGCGAUGGUGAUCUGAUCUGGGUCCAAGACUAUCACCUUAUGAUGUUACCUCAAUUAUUACGUGAAUUAAUUGGAAAUAAGCUGAAAGAUAUCAAAAUUGGUUGGUUUCUACAUACUCCAUUCCCAAGUAGUGAAAUUUACCGUGUUUUACCCGUUCGCAAUGAGAUUCUUGAGGGUGUCCUGAAUUGCGAUUUGGUUGGUUUCCAUACCUAUGAUUAUGCUCGUCAUUUCCUUUCCGCUUGCUCUCGAAUCCUUGGACUGAACACUUUGCCAAACGGUGUUGAGUACAAUGGUCAAAUGGUAAGCGUCGGAACCUUCCCCAUUGGCAUUGAUCCCGAAAAGUUUGGAGAUGCCUUACGAUCUGAUACCGUUCAGGAGCGGAUCUCUACCAUAGAACGUCGUCUACAAGGAGUCAAAGUCAUUGUUGGAGUAGACCGUCUUGAUUAUAUUAAAGGUGUUCCUCAAAAAUUCCAUGCUUUUGAAGUCUUCUUAGAACAAUAUCCUGAAUGGGUUGGCAAAGUCGUUUUGGUCCAAGUUGCAGUACCUUCUCGUCAAGAUGUUGAAGAAUAUCAAAAUUUACGAGCAGUUGUCAACGAACUCGUUGGACGCAUUAAUGGUCGUUUUGGAACCAUAGAAUAUACCCCAAUCCACUUUUUGCAUAAGAGCGUUCGGUUUGACGAAUUGGUCGCUCUGUACAACAUUUCGGAUGUAUGUUUGAUCACGUCUACUCGUGACGGUAUGAACUUAGUUUCAUACGAAUAUAUUUGUACUCAACAACAACGUCAUGGCGCUUUAAUUCUCAGUGAGUUUGCUGGUGCAGCUCAAUCCCUAAAUGGAAGUAUUGUAAUUAACCCUUGGAAUACGGAGGAGCUAGCGAAUGCCAUUCACGAAGCAUUAACCUUGCCAGAUAAUCAAAGAGAUGCAAACCAACAAAAACUGUAUCGCUACGUCAGCAAAUACACUAGUCAAUUCUGGGGUCAAAGCUUUGUUGGUGAAUUACAACGCAUUCAACAUUACAGCCACCCCAAGAGACCAACCCCUGUCCUAAAGACGAAAUCUGCGCAAAUCCUUUCUAUGUCCAACGAUUAAGUUGGUAGAGUUGGAAUGUAGGCAAGUUCAGUAGCGUUUGGUUCGCUAUCUGCUAACUUGUUUACUUUCUAAAUUUUUUGUUACGAAAGGCGCGCAUUCCUUUACAUACAUGUACGUUGUGUUUGUGUAUGAAGGUUUAUGGUUGAUGUUAACGUUAUCUUUGGAUUUUUUUAUUACUUUCACUAAGCCAGACUUCAGAACUUUUUCGACAUUCCCCUUUUCUUUUCUUGUGUUUAUGGUUGGGUUGAUUAUAUAUACAUAUGAUUUUUGCCAAUUGAUAAAUCUUUUCGAGUAAAAUUAUUUACGUUUAACUUAUUAUUUGCAAAAGUUUAUGAAGAUAUUAUGAACAUGGACACUCUUGUAGUCGCAAAAAAAUGAAUACACUAAAUUUACUACAUCUAGUUUUGGCAUAGACAAGUUCGGUUUAGGUAAAUCGGUUUCAUAUUAUUCAUUCACCGUAUUCCUGUUAUUUUUUUAACUUAAUCGUUUUUUAU